UCCGAUUAAUUUCGCAGCUGCAAGGAAACGAGUAAAAGUCCUUUCCGGGUAAAACGUCAAACUUGGCAGCCUGGCGUAUAUGUGCCACCAUUGGCUUCGCAUCCCUCUCUAGGUUCCGGAUCGCUGACACAGAGAAAGGGAGAAAUGGGCGUAGCAGUAGGCAUGGAUGCGCUGAGUGAGAGAGCGGCGAUGAUGAGAGAGUCAGUGCAGAAGAGCCAGACCAUCAGCGACAGCAUCGUCUCCAUUCUCGGCUCCUUCGACCACCGUCUCUCUGCCCUCGAAACUGCCAUGCGUCCCACUCAGAUUAGAACGCAUUCUAUUCGAAGAGCUCAUGAGAAUAUUGACAAGACUUUGAAGGCUGCCGAGGUUAUAUUGGCUCAAUUCGACCUUUAUCGUCAGGCAGAGGGUAAAGUACUCAGAGGGCCACAGGAGGACCUAGAAAGUUACUUGGAAUCUAUUGAUCAGCUAAGAAGCAAUAUUCGUUUUUUUAGCAGCAACAAAAGCUUCAAGAGUAAUGAUGGGGUGGUCAACCAUGCAAAUAAUUUACUUGCCAAGGCAAUUUCUAAGCUAGAAGAGGAGUUUAAGCAACUCUUAUCAUCUUACAGCAAACCUGUGGAGCCUGACCGUCUCUUUGAUGGUCUCCCCAACUCACUGCGACCCUCCUCAGGAUCUCCAGGAAACCAGGCUGACUCUAGCAUUAAGGCUCUGUCCAACAAUCAUUCUGAGCACCAGAACAGUAACUUAGAAACUGCUGUUUAUACACCUCCAACUCUUAUACCACCUAGGGUUCUGCCAUUGCUGCAUGAUUUAGCCCAACAAAUGGUUCAAGCGGGGCACCAACAGCAGUUACUGAAGAUUUACAGGGACACCCGUUCUUCAGUUUUUGAAGAAAGCCUCCGCAAAUUGGGUGUGGAAAAGCUUAGCAAAGAUGAUGUUCAGAAGAUGCAAUGGGAGGUUUUGGAGGCUAAGAUUGGGAAUUGGAUUCAUUUCAUGCGGAUUGCUGUUAAACUAUUGUUUGCUGGGGAACGAAAAGUUUGUGAUCAAAUAUUUCAAGGCUUUGAUUCACUCAGUGAUCAGUGUUUUGCUGAAGUUACUGCAAGUAGUGUUUCGGUGCUACUUAGUUUUGGUGAGGCUAUUGCUAGAAGCAAGAGAUCCCCAGAAAAAUUAUUUGUGCUUCUAGACAUGUAUGAGAUAAUGCGGGAACUUCACUCAGAGAUAGAAACAAUUUUCAAGGGCAAAGCUUGCACUGAAAUUAGAGAAUCUGCAUUGGGUUUGACAAAGCGGCUGGCCCAGACUGCUCAAGAAACCUUUGGUGAUUUUGAAGAAGCAGUUGAAAAAGAUGCAACAAAAACUGCUGUGUCUGAUGGAACUGUUCAUCCUUUGACAAGCUAUGUGAUCAACUAUGUGAAGUUUCUUUUUGACUAUCAAUCAACACUGAAGCAACUCUUUCAAGAAUUCGAAAACGAAAAAGAAACGACUUCUCAGUUAGCAUCAGUAACAAUGCGAAUAAUGCAUGCUCUUCAAACCAAUUUGGAUGGGAAAUCUAAGCAGUAUAAAGAUCCUGCUUUGACUCACUUAUUUCUUAUGAACAAUAUUCACUACAUGGUCCGAUCUGUGCGUAGGUCUGAAGCCAAAGAUUUAUUAGGGGAUGAUUGGGUGCAAAGACAUCGAAGGAUUGUGCAGCAGCAUGCAAAUCAGUACAAGAGGAAUGCCUGGGCAAAGAUUCUGCAGUGUCUCACCAUUCAAGCGCUGACCUCCUCUGGUGGGGGUAGUACAGUCGGUACUGAUGGUGGAAAUAGUAGUGGAGUUUCAAGGGCAAUGGUUAAAGACAGGUUCAAGACAUUUAAUAUGCAGUUUGAGGAGCUGCAUCAGAAACAAUCUCAGUGGACAGUUCCUGACACUGAGCUGCGAGAGUCUCUGAGGCUUGCAGUUGCUGAAGUGUUGUUACCAGCGUACAGAAAUUUCAUUAAACGUUUUGGGCCACUGGUUGAGAGUGGGAAGAAUCCCCAGAAGUACAUUCGAUUCACAGCAGAGGAUCUGGAACGGAUGCUGGGUGAAUUUUUUGAGGGUAGAACCUUGAAUGAAGCCAAGCGAUAAACUUGUAAACAAUGCGUGGAGUGAUGAGGGUGGUGAAUUAGUUAGGUACAUGAACAAAACUAUGUUGUGGCGGUGCCUUUUCUAAACUGUUUCUUAUGAGCAACAGUAUCUUCAUUUGUUUGUAUCCAGUAUCCGGUAUCCGGGGAGCUCUAGUAGCUUCUAUUCCCAUUUCCCAUGAAGGUGAUGCCACCUUCAAUCAGUGCCAUGGGCUGUAUGUAGUGUAGUGUUAACGGAGAGGGAAGAAUAAUGAAAGAAAGCAGGUGGCUGUAAAUGUGAAUGAUGAAUGAGCGACUCUUAGUUGUGUAUUAUUAGUGUGAGGUGGUGGUGAUGGUGGGCGAUUUGUGUUUUAUUGGAUGUAAAACUGGAUGAAUAUUCUGUCCUAGUUGUUGCUUGAUUACCAAAUUUUCAGUUGUUGAUGUAAAA